CUGUUUCCUGGACAUUUUGCUUGUGACAGGCGUGGGCCGGGCGCCACGGUGGAGGUUGCGCAACGGGUGGCUGGGCCUCUGUUUACAGACCCAAUGUCCCGCCUCCCUCACGCAUCCGUGCAUGAACUGUAGAUCUGCCGUACCCCUCGAGCCUCCUCCCAGGCCUCUUUUCGAAUAUCAACGUCGACUUCUUGUGCUACGCUGUCCCGCCUACCCCACAGCAGCGCAUUCGAUGGAGGAAGCCGAGGGGCAUUCGCGCUGAAAGGUGCUCACCAUCCAUCCGAGACAGGCCCGACCAUGCCUUCGCCGACCACGCCGUCAUUCGCGCUCUUGCGUGAGCCCCUCCUAUGCGCCUUCGUCCUCUUCUCCGGCGCCACAGCCCAGAUGCCCUACAACCCGACCCAGAUAUUUCGGAGCGGCGCUCUCGUCUACGUCUUCCGACCCUCCUCUGGCUCAACGUCGCAAUUCGAGCUCGGUGCGGUCGACAUAUCGUCCCAUGUAGCGGCAUCUGCGCUGCCCUACACCGCCCUGUACCCCGCAUUGCCCUUUCUCGACGCGAACAACCAGCGCGCUUUCAACCCUAUACUUGACAAUGGAGACAACAUAACGGUAUACACCGGGGACUGUUCUACGGGAGCCCGAGGAAGCGAACUCUGGACCUUCAUACCUGAGCCGGCAGAUAAGAGUGGGAACGGUACCUGGCGACAAGAGGAUAUCUCCUUCGACGAGGACGGCAGGCAUGCUUCUGACAUAGGCGCAAACUACCUCAGCGGCGGCAUGGCUUUCUCGGCAAUCGUCAACGGGAACUCUAUGGACACGGAGGUCUACUUCUUCGGCGGCAUGUGUCCGUUUCAAGGCGAAAGCAGCGCCAGUUGGCAGUCAGCCGCGAACUAUUCCAACCUCAUGAUCGCGCUCGAGCCAUCUAAAAGCACCACAAGAUCUCUCGACUACCAUCUAGGCGUGUCUUCAAGCCGGGGACCUCCCAUUGCAGAAGCGGGCUUCACUCUGACAGGACUGUUGCCGAGCUUCUCAAACCAGAGCGAUGGCACCCAAACGCAGCAGCAAAACUUCGUGCUCGUCGGCGGACAUACUAGCUCGGCCUUUAUCAACACGUCGCAAGUGGCACUCUUUUCGCUUCCGCAGCAGAGUUGGACAUUUAUUCCAGUCUCGCAGCCGGAUACAUCUAGGACGGACCUGGCCAUUCGAACAGACGUCACCGCUAUAGAGCCCCGGUCUGGACAUAGCGCCGUUCUGACUCCGGACGGACGGCGCAUCAUCGUCUUUGGGGGUUGGAUUGGAGACAUUGACACCCCAGCUGACCCUCAGUUGGCCGUACUAAAUGUUGGCGACGGUUAUGGAGGACAGGGCGACUGGGAAUGGACUGUGCCUUCUACCUCAAGUUCAGGGCUAUCGGAUGGCUCCGGUCUCUACGGCCACGGCGCCGCAAUGCUUCCCGGGGAUAUCAUGAUGAUUAUGGGCGGGUAUUCAAUGUCUGCGCCCAGCUCACGACGGCGCAGAGCGUCUCCUGCCAGCAAUACCCAGACCCUGUUCUUCAAUAUUUCAUCUAACGCUUGGAUUACCGGAUAUUCCCCUCCGCCUGAGGCUACGCCUGCGGAGCCAGUCAAGACAGGACCUCUCUCCACUCCCUCUCAGAAAGCAGGUUUGGGCGCAGGCCUAGGCAUUGGCGUGGCUGCCGUUAUAGGUUUGCUGGCCUUCUAUCUCUGGUAUACGAGGAGGCUAAAGAGACAACGCGACCUGCGAGAGAAGCAGCUCCAAGAACUCGCCAUGGGCGCACACCGGUACAACCUCGAGUGCAUAUCUCCCGGAAUUGACGGACGAGGAGGCCAUCCGAAUUACUUGGACGAAUCGAGCGAUUCGUACUUUUAUCCGUCAGUCGGCCGAGCCGAGAGUCAGGGCUGGAGACGAGCGAACGCCCAUGAUGCAGAGCGAACGGGACUGCUUGUAGAGAUUCCUAGUCCAACACGGGGCCUACGGCGCAGUUUGGGUGGCAGAGCAAAUACUCCCAUGUCGCGGUACGAUGAACGUAGAGUCAGGGGCUCAGGCCACAUUCAUCCUAUUGACGAAUUGGAAGAAGAGCAGGAGCAUGACGGCGCAAAUGAUACAACCCCCUUGAACGGACGGCCUGAAAUGACGGAGCGAAUGACAAACAAGGGAGCAUCCAUCUUCGAUAACGCACCAAUCCUAGAUCCUUUUACGGACAACAGUCGACCGAGCGGGGAACAAAAGAGCGUUUUCCAUUCCGCACCUACGUCGCCGAUACGAGAAGAUGGCCCCGCAGAUUGGCAACCAUCCGUCGCAUUGCACCUGCCACGGCACUCCAGCCCUAACCCCGCCGGUAGAGUUUCACCCACAAAAUCCUCAGAACGUACAGGCUCCAACCUUAGUGAGAGAAGUACAAGGUCAACCCUUUCAUCCCGCUCCACUGACGGAAGCCUUGGGCGCAGCGCGUCCAUGCGCUCUGCCCCUAUCCUGAACAACGCGUCACAGGCCAACCCGUUCAGAACGCCAGAUGCUAGUCCAACCACAGAUACAGCAAAUCAAGGUGGUAGUGGCUGGCAAACGCCCAUUGACCCGCGCACACGGUCCUUCACCAGUAUCCGUAGCAAUGGUCGACCCACUACCGCGGGCGCUGACGCGGAUUCGUUCACCACGGCCCGGUCGUCGUUUAUGGCACUCCAAGCGGAGGGCGAAGCGCUGCUUGGUGGAAACCCAGAACGAGGGAGGCCUGGGACAAGUUCUACGUCCAACGGCUCAAAUGGCCCCUCAUACCGAGACGCCGAGGGGACCAUAAGCGGUGCGGGGACUAUCACCGCCGCGACAUCAUUUACAGAUGGGUUCUCUCGCGCAGCAAAUGGUAGGGAGAGGAGAAAAAGCUGGCUGGGUAGCGUUAGGAGAGCAUUGUCCAGGUCUACGUCUAAUGCCGCCCGCACGAGAUCACUAACGACACCAACAACUCAGCUGGAAUGCUACUCCGAUAAUCCAAGCCCAGUCAGAGAACCUGGUUCAACAAGCAAUCGGAAGUCGUUCCCAGCAUCCAAUCCUCCGCGGCGAGCGGCUUCGGAUGCGAGUUUCUGGAGCAGCAAGAGAGGGAAGCAGGACUGGCUCGACGAUGAGCUAGAUCCGAACGAUCCACGAGCAAGAUGGAGGAGAAAUAGCGGUGACAACUGGGGCGCACCGGAAGAUCUAGCGCUUGCGGAGGAGGAACGGCAACGCCGCGAGUGGAGAGAGCGCAGCAGCCUCCUUGUCAAUCUCGCCGACGAGGAGCAGCUCCCUACUCCCCGUACACCCAUCCGGCCUGGCGAGCUAGGCGUACCGGCUAGCAGCGAGAGACCGCGCACGCCUGCAGAUGAAGAGGACUGGGAUGUUGAAGCUGCGGUCGAGCGAAGAGUGGUGCAGGUCAUGUUUACGGUGCCCAAGUCAAAGCUGCGCGUCGUCAACGCGGACAUCGAUCGGAGUAGCAUCCUGUCCUUACCGCGAGAGAACUCGAAGGACAGCGAUGAGAUGAAGGCAGAGUCGAGCGGAAGCCCUGCUAGCAGUACUCCUAAUCGCGUCAAGAACCUUGCGGGUCGAUACGAGCAGAUGAGUUCGCCGAAGAUGACGCCGCGGGCUUCUCCUAGGCCUUCGCCAUCACCAUCCAUCAAGUCGCUCAAGGUGCGGGCAAAAGGCAGCUCGACCUCGCUGACUACGCCGACGAAGAGCAGCUCGCCGUCCGCCACAAAGGGCAAGGAGAAGGCCGUUGACGAGUGAGUGACUAUGGACGGUAAGCAAGGAAGGGUAGAAUAUGUAUAUUCAGUUCGCAAUUUGUAUUUUGCUAUUUCGGCUUGGUGGAUUGCGUCUGUCGGGACGGUCGCUUCUUUGCUGGUCGCUUCUUUGCUGGUCGCUUGGUUUAGCGUGUAGCGUUGGGUUGGGUUGGCGUUAUAGCGAGACUUGGUCCUUCAAAUCUUGCGGCUUUUUUGAGCUUUGAAUUUCUUCUUGUAGAUAGAAGAAUCCUGAAGACGGGUUUACACUAUUGCUUUGCACUACUGCUUGAAUUGUUCGCCCGCCACAGGUCGGGUGUGUCGCAGAUGGACUGGGCCGGGUCGGACAAGGAUGACUGCAUUUUUUUCGCGAUGUCGCAAGAGGGUCUUUUUUGGCCAUAGAGGUCCCGAGAAGGCGGGCUCGAGAGGCCGUUGUAAGAAAGGAGUGUGCUUUUGUGCUUCGCAGUUG